AUGUAUCCACAGUAUCCACUGAACGAAGAACAGUACUACUUUGUGGUACCAGGCGCUGAUGGUGAACAAUGGACUAGCGAUACUUUCACCAGAAGUGCCAACGACGAGCAACAGAAGAGCUUACAAGACUUGCAAUCAUUCAGAUUCACGGAUAACGGUAAAUUUGUAAAAGGACUUGAAGCCUUUUCACAAAACAGUUUCAAAUACCAAAACAGUGAAAAUGCAGCAACAUCUUCGACAUCGAACAACAUGAAUGGAAUACAGAGUGAUCAGUACAUCGCCGAAAAUAACUUCGUGACCCAAUCCAAAUCUGACAGUAGAUCGCAAGGUAACAAAAACUUUUCCAUGAAAGACACUGGUAGUUCAAAUAAUGCAAACACUAUACAUGGACAAAACGAACCAGCAACACCAACCUCAUUAACUGGUUCUAAAGGACAAGACGGUUUAAUAACAAUUAACACGCAAGGAGGGUUAAAUACUUCAAGCAAUUCACAAGGAUUACAUGUUCCUGGAACUUUCUUACUUCUUCUUACGUCAUCAUCAGAAGGUUCGGAUGGAAAGGACGGUUCAAAGAUGCUAGAAGGAUCAGACACACCAAGACCUCCACCAGAAGAAAAUGUGCCUGGAGCUCCUAUGUCUUCAGAAGGAUCGAACUCUCCAAGACAUCCACAAGGACCAAAUGGGUCUGGAGCUCAUACGUUACCAGGAGGAUCGAUAGCUCCAAUCCAUCCAAAAGGACCAAAUGUGCCUGGAGCUCCUACGUCACCAGAAAGAUCGAACGCUCUAAGCCAUCCACAAGAACCAAAUAUGCCUGGAGCACCUACGUUACAAGGAGGAUCGAACGCUCCAAGCCCUACUAAAGGACCAAAUGUGACUGGAGCUCCUACGUCACCAGGAAGACCGAACGCUCCAAGCCAUCCACAAGGACCAAAUGUGACUGGAGCUCCUACUUCACCUGGAGGAUCGAACGCUCCAAGCCCUUCAAAAGGACCAAAUGUGCCUGGAGCUCCUACGUCACCAGGAAGAUCGAACGCUCCAAGCCAUCCACAAGGACCGAUCGUGCCUGGAGCUCUUACGUUACCAGAAGGAUCGAUCGCUCCAAGCUAUCCACAAGGACCAAAUGUGCCUGGAGCUCCUACGUCUUCAGAAGGAUCGAACGCUCCAAGUCAUCCACAAGGACCAAAUGGGUCUGGAGCUCACACGUUACCUGGAGGAUCGAUUGCUCCAAGCCACCCACAAGGACCAAAUGUGCCUGCGGCUCCUGCGCCACCAGAAGGAUCGAACGCUCCAAGCCAUCCACAAGGACCAAAUGUGCCUGCGGCUCCUACGCCUUCAGGAAGAUCGAACGCUCCAAGCCAUCCACGAGGACCAAAUGUGCCCGGGGCUCCUACGCCUUCUGGGGAAUCGAACACUCGAAGCCAUCCACAAGGACCAGAUGUGCCUGGACUUCCUACGCCUUCAGGAGGAUCUAACGCUCCAAGCCAUCCACAAGGACCAAAUGUGCCUGCGGCUCCUACGCCUUCAGGAGGAUCGAACGCUCCAAGCCAUCCACCAGGACCAAAUGUGCCUGCGGCUCCCACGCCUUCAGGAGGAUCUAACGCUCCAAGCCAUCCACCAGGACCAAAUGUGCCUGCGGCUCCUACGUCUUCAGGAGGAUCGAACGCUCCAAGCCAUCCACAAGGAACAAAUGUGCCCGGGGCUCCUACGUCACCGGGAGAAUCGAACGCUCCAAGCCAUCCACAAGGACCAAUGCAUUGA